AUGGAUUGGCCUGCCCAUCCUGUGGACCCCCGGUAUGUCUCCUUUGCAUUGGAUUGGUGGCCUCCCGACAAGGGAUGCGAACCGUACGGAUGGGGAUCGCAUGCCAAUGUGCUGGAUGUCGAUUUGAAGUCACCUCAAUUGAUCGCAUUCACCAAAGCCUUGGGGCCUUCUAUUCUGAGGAUCGGAGGGACCUUGGAGAAGGUCGUCGAGUAUGACAUCCCCGAAGAGGGACUCCACUGUAUCCCGGAGUCUAAAUCGCCAUGCCUGAACACGUCUCGAUGGCGGGAUCUCCAUGAUUUUGCAGUGAAAACGAAUUGCAAGAUUGUCUUUGGCCUCUCCUAUCCCCAAUCGCAAGAUGGGCGGUGGAAUGCUACCCAAGCGACAGCAUUGCUGCGAUACUCACAACGUCAUAAUCUAUCUCGAGCAACGACACUGCAUGCCGUGGAAUUGGGAGAAGAAAUGUCCAGGUUUGCCGUAGGGACUCGAGAUUUCGAUUUAUAUACUGCAGCCUAUCAUGAAUGCGCCAAUCUACUCAAGUCCAUAUGGGAGGACGAACCAGCGGCCAAGCCACUCUUGGUAGGACCCAGCCCCGGUAUGAGAUGGCCUCGUCUUGCAACGUGGUUCCCUGCCUUCUUGAAUGCUACCACGGGUGCUUUGGAAGCGGCAGUCUAUCAUUCCUACAAUCAAAUUGAACCGGGCAAACUCUAUUUGAACUUCACCAUUCCUUCUGGCAAUUUAUCCACUCAACAAGGAUCUUCUCCCGGAGACACUGGAUGGCAAGCUGAGGCUAUGAAUAACUUUGUUCGUAGUCACAACAACCGUCACAAGGAUUCCCCCAACCUCUUUCUUUGGCUGGACGAAUUUGGACCUCACAACCAUGGCGGCGGCACGGGGAACAUAUCGGCCAGCUUUGCGAGCUCUUUCGGGUAUCUAGAUACGCUGGGCUCUCUGGCAAGGUUGAAUCAUUCUAUGCUGGCACGUCAAACGCUGGUUGGAGGGAGGUAUGAAUUGUUGCGAUGCUCUACAGGUCAUGCAGGUCGGUGCAGCUUUGAACCCUAUCCAGACUACUGGGUGGCUCUGCUGUGGCAGAAACUCAUGGGCACCACCGUUUUGGAUGCACCGACUGCGAAACGACUGAGUAGUAGAGGAACAAAUCAUUCCUGGAUUGAACCAUUCCGUUUCCAUGCGCACUGUACGGCAGACCGAGAUGGAGCAGUAACUGUGGCCUUUUCCAAUACGAGCCCAGAGUGGGUCAGCCUGGAUGCUCAAGAGCUGGGACCAACCCGAAUCGAAUACGUGCUUCAAGGCUACCUGAAGGCCAAUGCUCAUGGCAGCGGCUUCAAUACAAGUGUCGUGAAACUCAAUGGAUCAGUAUUACGAGUUGGCAAGGACUCAACGCAUCUCCCACCAUUGAAAGGGCGAACAAGCAGCAACCUACCGGACAGCCCCUUCAUGAUCCCUCCGAUCUCCCUUGGAUUCCUCGUUUUUGCUCAGGCGAUGGCACCUGCUUGCAGCAGCCAUGUCGCGCAAGAAGCCUAG